AAACAAGAAAGCUUUAAAACUGGUGACCAGUUACCAUGUUCAAAAUAGCGCCGGAUCGCCUACAGCGUCAUUGGGCACUAAUGAGCAUAAUGUAAUGUGGCACCGUCUGUCAGUCUAGCUGGGGCACUCAGCUGGAGCCCAUCCACAACUCAGACUCCGAAGGAACUUCCACUCGACCACAAGCAUAAUGUUGGCAACGCUGGCCCUCGUGGCCUUGUUUGUGACAUCACUGUGGCUCUACAACAAACACCGGCAUAGUUACUGGGCCAAACGAGGCAUUCUCUCUCCCCCAGCUCUGCCUUUCCUCGGGAAUUUCGUCGACAUUGUGGCGGGAAAUCCUGGUAGAUGGACUUUUGAUGAAAAGGUGUACAGGAAUUACACCAAAGACGGCCUUAGCGGGGCAUACGUCUUCCUGUCGCCUAUCCUCUACAUAUCUGAUCCAGAGAUGAUUAAGCAAAUUUUGGUCAAAGAUUUCGAUCACUUUUCGCUGAGACAAUCAUUCACCUCCUUGCAUAAAAAUGAUCGAGCAAUGAGUGAAAUGUUGUUCAUCGUAAACGGGGAGAAAUGGAAAAGAUUAAGAAACGUCAUGACGCCUACUUUCACAUCAGGGAAGAUGAAGAACAUGUUCCACCUUGUCUGUGAGAAGGCUGAUGCCCUUAAGGCAUUCUGCCUGAAGGAGGCCGCCAAGAAACCCUAUCUAAAUGUCAAAAAAGCAUGUGGGAGAUUCACCAUAGACACCAUCGCCUCCUGUGCUUUUGGACUAGAAUGCAACUCCUUCGAAGACGAGGAUGCCGUGUUCCCCGCGAAGGUUCAGCCAUUUUUAGCAGCUGGAUUUCUGAGGAUGCUGAAGGUCGCGAUGGUUUCCUCGGUGCCAUUUAUAACCGGUCUCAUAGACAUGGGGCUCUUCCCAGAGGAGAAAUUCUUCUUCCAGCAAGUUGCAGAAGAGACCAUCGCAGCAAGAAGGAGGGGAUCCAAAAGGGGUGACUUCUUAGACUUACUCUUAGAGGCACAAGCCAGUGAAGAACAUUCUCCUGAUGACGAGACCAAAGCAAAGAUUCUCGACGAUACAACCCUAAUUUCGCAGAGCAUCAUGUUCAUCAUCGUCGGUUACGAUACGACAGCAACGACAAUAGCAAUUGCUUCGUACCUCUUGUCCAAGAACCCAGAAGUUCAACAGCGACUGCGUCAAGAACUUCAGGAAAUAGUUAAGAAGGAAGGAAAAUUAACGUACCAAGGAGUAAUGGAGUCCAAAUACCUCGAUGCGUGCAUUAUGGAGACACUGAGGCUUUAUCCACCAGCACCAAAUUUAGAGAGAGUUUGUUCAAAGGACUACAAGGUUCCCGGAACGAACAUCACUGUCAGGAAAGGAGAUAUAAUCGAGGUCCCUCUUUGGAGUAUUCAUCACGACGAGAAGUACUGGCCAGAACCGGAAGUCUAUAACCCAGAUCGAUUCAUGCCUGAAAACAAGGCUAAUAUUGUGCCUUACACUCACAUGCCUUUCGGAGGUGGACCAAGGAACUGCAUAGCCAUGCGAUUCGCCCUACUGGAAGCAAAGGUAGCACUAUCCACGCUACUCCUGACAUUUGACAUGAAAACGGCUCCAGGUUUUCACGAUUUGGACCUAGCAAACAGUUCAUUCCUGCUCAUGCCCUCGUCCGUGGACCUGGUACUCGAACCUCUGAAGGAAGAAUGAAACCUUUUGUGAUAAACAGAGGACUAUUGUGAUAACGAGACGUUUCUUGAUUGAAGCUCCCUCUUGUU